UAAUUGCAUAUUAUUUGGUUAUAUUUCUUAAGUGAAAUUAUUUUUAUUUACUUUUGCUCUAACAAUCUAAGAUAUAAUCUGUCGUCAAGGAUCCGCUCAUCUAAAUGAUUACAACUUCAUCAACGCACUCGCUUACAAAGAUGCAAUCUUUUCGUGAAACCCUUGUCAACUUGCUUGAUGCCAUCUUUUGGCCCAUGGGUCCAUUGUAGCCUCGAACCAGACUUGAUCAUGGGGGACCGAGCAUGGUGUCCUCUUUCUUCGCCACCCUCUGAGUGCUGCCCCUACAUCAACCUCAGCAUUGUCAAGGAUGACAACGACGAACCCGAGGAGGCCAAGGAGCACCCCCUCUUUCUCACAAACCCCAUCCUAUACGACGAGGAGGAUCCUUCCUCUAAUCCACUCAACUUCCCCCCUUCUUAUGCUUGCCCUCAUUAUCCACUAUGGAAACCAAAAUCCUUGAAAUCGAUUGGAUCAUUAAUGAGCAUUUUCUGUGAGGAAGCCAGCUACAACCAUGAAUGUGUCAUUUGCUUACAAAGAGUUAUUAGGGAAGGUGUUCGAUAUAAUGUCUGUGUAUGUCUGUGCUUUUCAUUUCAUUCAUGUUUUAGGCAGCAUCUAAGGGGCUUACGGUAGGCUUGAUGGUCCUAUUUUGAUUGGGUUUUGUGCCGUUUCAGACUUGUAAAGGCAGCAUGUGUAUGGUCACUGUGUAGAGAUAAAACUGCCUAAAAACAAGGCCUUCUUUAGCCAAUCAUUUUGGGUGUUUCCAUUUAGCAUGACCUUGAUCACUAGAACCAUCAUUGUUUAGCAUGGUAUUGAUACCUCAGAAUGGUAAUGACUUUGAAUACUGAAUUGGAAUGUUCACUAUGUGGAUUAGUAUGUCUACCGUGCCCAAAUGUGCUCAUCAACAUAGCAUACCAUGAUGAGAAAAUUGAAAGCUAACGGAGAUUUUCAUUGCGUGCCACUUCCAUGUUGGGUUCAUGUGGGGCACAUAUUGGAAAUUUAUUUUGUUUAAUCAGUUUUCUAAGACCUCUUAUUUAUAUCAUGUUAUGGGACGAGAGUUGGUUGGAGGCUGCUCACUCUUUGUCGCAAAUUUUCACUUAGAUUUCUUAACUAUUCUUUUAGAUUUGAUGUCGAUUUCCAUUGGUGCUGGUAUAUUCUUCAAUCUUCUCCAUGAGUGUGCUAGUAGGAGCUUGUCAUCUCGGUUGUAUCCUAAGAUGGUUUUCUCAACGAAACUUGAGUGGAGGCUGGGGAUACAUCUUAGGACAACGAAUCACGCCUUUGGUUUCUUUCUAAUCCUCGGUCUCAAUUUCAGUCACAUAUUGUUUGGUUAGAUUUCUUAAAUUGGAAUGUUGUUUAUUUACUUUUACUCUUAACAGACUUUCUGUGAACAAAAUGUUCUUUUAGCUCUUUAAAUUGUGUCUCAUUUAAAUGAAUAUUUAAACUACAUAUUUGUUUGCUACAGUAUGUAACUUCUGAAUUUAUAUUCAACAUUUUUCAUGGGUGAUGAGGAAUGUCAUGAAUGAAUGUUUUCAACUUAUUAUAUUACUUUUUUUUCUUCAUCAGUGCAUUUCUUCUUCACAUUUAAUGAUGAAAUCUCUAGCUUUAGACUCUAGUAUCUGCUAAUUAUGUUCAUAUUGUCUUGCAACUUAGCGAGUUCUUUUGCACCAAUAGCAUACUUCAACUGGUCCUUUCUCUGAGCAUCUUAACUUUGAUAUCACCUGUGUUUGUAAACUGAUUUAUUUUCGUAAAGUAGAAUUUCCUUAUUUUUGCAUGUUUACGUGCUUGCUCACCCCGUGCAUGCGUACAUGUGUCCAUGUUGCAUGCGUGCAUGCGCUCUGCCGUGCCAACUUUAAAUUGGCCUGUUGGUUUGAAUAUUUUGCUGAUGAUCCAUGUUAGUGUCAUGUCUCCACAUCACCGGCAUGCCUGUUUGAUGGGCCUUGGCAUUUUUCGUUAGAAAUGAAUUACUAAGAUGUGAGAUCAUAGAUCUGCAGCGACUUAUGACAUGAGCUAUUAGAUUCUUUUUUCACAUGUUUUAUGAAGCACUUACCAUCACAUUAGUUCUGCCCUACCAACCUGUCAUGCAAUUAGGCCAGGAUUAUGAUGGGGACAUGCUUAGUUGGUCAAAUGCAUAACAAGGGAUAUGCAGUUAGGCUUGCCCUUAAAUCUGAUGGUCUUCUGGUAUGUACAUAUACUCCUGCAAUGUUUGAUGACAUUAUGACCUUAAGGGUGACUUCAUUGCACUUAUUGUUGAGGACUCUUGAUCCCAAUCAAUCAUUUUAAUGUAGGAUGCUUUCAAUACUUGAUCCAUGAACUCAUAUAAUUUGUCAAUAUAUAGUUAUCAACUCUGCUUUGAACAGUCUCCUAUCCGAAUAUAUAUGGCUUUAAUCUAUGCGGGCAUAGCUAUGCUGGUGUAGACACCUACUUUGGACCGUAGAUGUGAGAUUUAAGUGAUCUUGGUGACAUUUCUCUUGUUUUUGAGAAAAUAGAGUAGUUUUAUUUUGUAAAGUUAUACACUUGUAUUCAAGAAUAAGAAAGUGCCAUCAACAUAUAUAGGAUUGAGAAUAGCUCCAGUUAAGCGGGGAAGCACUCACUUGAAAAUGUUAUUUUACUAACCAUUUUCUUUCUCUGUUUGGAUCAGUCAUAGGCAAUUGAUCACAACAAGCCUAUCAUAAAUUGAUGCCAUUUUGGUGCUGGUGGAGUGGUAAACUAAUUAUAUACAUGCACCAGUCUAUAUGUUCAUCAAUGGUCAUCAUUCUCAGCUCAGGGGUGUUGGCCUUUGGUCUCAAUUUCUCAACUUGUAUGUCAUACAUUCUACUACCGCAGUUACUCUUCCAAUGUCACAGGCAACCUUGAAAGGGCUUCCUUGUGAUUCGUGGAGAGGACAGUCGAUGGAAGGCUCGGUGGUCGGGAUCCGACGGUGUCGCUGCAGCCGGCUAUCAGGAGAUGACACGUACGCCAAUCUGCGGAGAGACGUGUCCUGGAGAGAGCUUUUCUCGUCUUCGUGUGUGCCGCUGGUCGGCACACGUAGCUAUAUUUGCGGUGAAGUGGAGGGAGACACGGAUGGAGGAUGGAGGAGGAGAACAGCAGGGAGGAAGAUGGCACAGAGUAGGGAUGACAUCAAGCACGGGGCGGCGCAGGCGAAGCUGUCGGACGACGAGAUGCUGCGGGUGGGGUACAAGCACGGCACCCCCUUGGAAAGCAGCAAGAUCUCCGACGCCGAGCCCGUCGACCUGUUCGUCGACGCCCGGCGGAUCUCCGAGGCCACCGAGAACGCACGCCCCGCAGAAGAGGAGCCCAACUCCGGAGGACUAAGCUGUCAAGGAAGCCACCACACUAGCAAUUAAUGCAAUCACAGUAGCAGUACUUUUCGCUCUCUCUACCACCGACCACUUGGAUCACCCUCAUGUUUUCUUCUCGUCGUCUUCGUGUUCUUCUUCUUCUUUCUAUGCAAGAAUAAGCUGAUCGUGAGUGUAGAAGACACCGUGCUUUAAUUUUCGUGGAAGUUUUAAUGUGAUGUUGGUUCUUCA